AUGCUUUCGCCGCAGUCGUGGCAUGGAGCUAUCUAUAGAGCAUUUUGUGCAAGCAGAUGGGUUGUACAUCCGACCAAGUACUACAGGUGUAGUGUUAGCGCUCGAGCCUCGACCACGCCGUAUCAGGCAAAUUUAUUGUGUUCGAUGCGGUUCCGAACCUAUUGUCAAUCCACCACCGUUUCUUCUAGACGUCUGUUCCCUGCAUAAAAAACACCUACCAACUGGGUUUCUGGCAAGUCACUUUCGAAUCGGAUCGUUCACAUUCACAACUGCCAUGACACAGCGCAUUCCGGAUCAUGGUGCUUCAAGUCAGUGCUGCACGAAUGAGCAACACUGGUGGUCUCUCCCAUAAGAUGCCAGUGGUGCCUGAAGAAUUGCUUUCGACCCUUCGACAAGAAGUUUUUGCGUUACAAAAUAGAAGGAAGGAGUUGUUAGCCCGCCUUGAAGAAACGAACACAUCACUCGUCGAAGUUCAAACACUCUUGACAAGAAAAACAUCACAAGCACAUACAGUCCAAAAUCUUCUUGCGCCAGUAUCUCGCCUCCCAGACGAGGUCCUGUUGGCCAUAUUUGAAGAAGCAGUACGAAGUCAAGAGCAAGGACAAGUCACACGGACGGAGAUAGCCAUAUCAUAUACUUCGCAUCACUGGAGACAGGUUACGGUUAAUGCCCCUCGGCUGUGGAACAGCCUCUGUAUCAGAGCAGAGGUCCCUAUCGCCAUGUUGCAGAUAUACCUUUCUCGCUCUGCGAACAUUCCUCUUACCAUUGAAUUCCGUGAACGCGAAACUGCAUGGCCCGGUGCAGAUAAACGCAGCAUGGCACAUCUUGGUUCUGCUCUUGACGCUAUAUGGCCUUCGGUCCCUCGUUGGCGACGUAUCGUCGUCCUGCACAGAUCUUACCCGUACUUUACACAUGUCUUUCGGGAACUUCGAAAGGUGGCUCCUUUGAAGAUGCUUCAGAGCAUCUCUAUGAAGUCACCGGGUGUAUGCGGACCAUGUCCAUUGUUGCUUGGCGACUCGGCUCCAGCCCUGGAAUCACUUGAAGUGGAAGACAUGCCCCUUCCACCCCCAGUCACGCAGACUUUUGACGCUGCCCGCUACAGCGUUGCAGGACUGACCACGUUGCGAUUGCGGGUGCGUGGGAUGAGAGCUGGAAGUUCUCAUGCAGCAACCGACCCCUCUGCAUUUAGAGCAUUGAUAAAUUCAGCUCCGAUGUUAAGCGCCCUCGAAAUCUAUGGACAACCUAUAAACUUUGGCCAGGAGAGAGCCAAUGAAGAAGACGUUCUUUCCCUGGAGAUUCCUCGUCUCCGCACCCUGGUUCUUCAUCCGGGCACGCAGCAUCCUCACGAUUUGCGCCACUUUAUCUCGGUGAUCAAAGCACCAACUCUUCGUCACUUUGAGCUAGUCUAUCCUGACAACACUCCACCUGGACAAGAUGUAUCCGAUCUUCUAUUUGACCCUUUCCCUUUAGCCAGAUUUCCUUCUGUGGAAACUGUGCGUCUUCAUAAUGCGGUUCACCCGGACACUGUUGCGGCAUCUAUGAAUGCCUUUCCGGUCGCGGCUCGCAUCAAACUAGGUAGUACGGAUGCUAGCUACCUUUUCGAAAACCCGACUUUCAGUAGCACGUGCAGCCCGUGGACCCCCUCACAUAUCCAGCACCUCACUGUCAUUUCUCCACUUCACAACACAUUGCUACAGAUGUACGAGUGGCUUCUCAGUGCGGCUAGCCAGGGUCAUCGAUUGCCAAUAAUCACACUGGAAGGGCCCAUCCGUGCUAUCGACUGCCCUGAAUUUCUUACACAAUUGAUGAAACUUGCGAGCUGUACGGAAGUACGGCUGUGCGGCAUUGACCUCUCCAUGUUGGAUAGAUCGCUUGUUGCACGCGUCUAAUAAUUAGUUGAAGGUAUGUAUG